AAAAUCCCGUUUAUAGUGAGAUUUCCUUAAUGGUUUAAAAAAGAGCGAGAUUUCUCUUAAUUUAAUUUUAAUUAUUUGCUUACCGAAACCGUUAUUAGACCAUUUUGAAUCCAAAAGUAAAUAAAAUUUUCUCCAAUUGUCGCAGUGAUUUUCUUUCCUCUGAUUGUGUUCUCGGAUUUCAAAUUUUUCGGAAAUCCGAUCUGUGUUUUCAGGGGGCAGAGAGAUUGAGUAGAAGUGAUGAAUCAUUUUGCGGUUCCAAAAUCUGUCGCAGUCGUGAGUUGUUGUUUCUAGUGAAAUGGGUUGCGUCUACUCCAGAGCUUGCAUCGGGGAGAUUUGCGUGCCGAGGGAUGCCAGAAUCAAGGAGCCGCAGAGCGUCAGACCAACGCAGGUCACUGAGAUUGCCGUUUUCUCUCCGGCAUCGUCGAAUGAGGAAGAAAGGGACCGAAUUAACCCGCAAUUCAGCAUGAACAGAGGCGACCGUGAGUUGGGCAUCACUCGUCUCUCUAGGGUUUCUUCCCAGUUUCUUCCUCCAGAUGGUUCGCGCACGGUUAAGGUCCCGUCGGGAAAUUACGAGUUAAGGUAUUCGUAUUUGUCGCAGCGAGGGUACUAUCCAGAUGCUCUUGAUAAGGCUAAUCAAGACAGUUUCUGCAUUCACACUCCAUUUGGAACUAACCCGGAUGAUGAUUUCUUUGGAGUCUUUGAUGGGCAUGGUGAAUUCGGGGCUCAGUGUUCACAGUUUGUGAAGAGAAAACUGUGUGAGAAUUUACUAAGGGAUAGCAGAUUUCAUGUGGACGCAGUUGAGGCUUGCCACUCAGCGUUUUUGACAACGAAUUCGCAGUUGCACGCUGACAGUUUGGAUGAUAGCAUGAGCGGAACCACUGCUAUAACGGUUCUGGUUCGAGGGAGGAAAAUAUAUGUAGCGAAUUCUGGUGAUUCCAGGGCGGUGAUAGCCGAGAGGAGAGGGAAGGAUAUUGUUGCCGUGGAUUUGUCAAUUGACCAGACCCCAUAUAGAGCUGAUGAGCUUGAAAGAGUCAAGCUUUGUGGAGCUAGGGUGCUGACGUUGGAUCAGAUUGAGGGGCUUAAGAACCCUGAUGUGCAGUGUUGGGGCACCGAGGAUGGUGAUGAUGGUGAUCCUCCUAGGCUUUGGGCGCCUAAUGGGAUGUAUCCAGGUACGGCAUUUACAAGGAGUAUAGGGGAUGCAAUUGCCGAGACAAUUGGUGUUACCGCUAAUCCUGAGAUUGUUGUGUUGGAGCUUACCCCUGAUCAUCCUUUCUUUGUGCUUGCUAGUGAUGGAGUUUUUGAGUUCCUUUCUAGUCAAACUGUGGUUGACAUGGUUGCAAAAUGCAAAGAUCCCCGUGACGCUUGUGCUGCUAUUGUGGCUGAAUCUUAUCGACUCUGGCUACAGUAUGAAACCCGUACUGAUGAUAUCACAGUAAUUGUUGUGCAUGUGAAUGGACUAAUUGAUACUCAAACUCAGACUCAGGUUCCUGAUGGUGCAUCAACUAAUGCUGCUGCUGUUUUAAGGCCCCCUGUUCCUCAUGUUGUAGAGAUUACUGGGUCAGAAUCUCCUUCACCCUUUAGCUGGAACUCCAGCAAUCAGCGUGUAAGGCAUGAUUUAUCCCGGGCACGUCUUCGUGCUAUUGAGAGUUCACUGGAGAAUGGUCAAGAUUGGGUUCCUCCAUCUUCAGCCCACAGGAAAACUUGGGAAGAAAAAGCACACAUUGAGCGGGCAUUGCAUGACCAUUUCCUCUUCAGAAAACUAACAGAUUCUCAAUGUUGUGUUUUGUUAGAUUGCAUGCAACGAGUUGAGGUCCAGCCAGGAGAGAUUGUGGUUAAACAGGGUGGUGAAGGUGACUGUUUUUAUGUUGUUGGCAGUGGAGAGUUUGAGGUCUUGGCAACCCAGGAAGACAAAAAUGGAGAGGUGCCAAGGGUUUUGCAGCGAUAUACAGCUGAAAAGUUAUCAUCCUUUGGAGAACUGGCGUUGAUGUACAAUAAACCACUCCAAGCCUCUGUACGUGCUGUGACUUGUGGAACUCUUUGGGCUCUGAAAAGAGAAGAUUUUCGUGGAAUUCUGAUGUCAGAGUGUUCAAAUUUGUCAUCCUUGAAGUUGCUUCGAUCUGUGGAUCUUCUAUCAAGACUGACAAUUUUGCAGCUGAGCCACAUUGCAGAUUAUCUCUCUGAAGUUUCCUUCUCUGAUGGGCAGACAAUUGUUGAUAGGAAUCAAGACAUCUCUGUAUUGUACAUUAUUCAGAAGGGAAAAGUUAGAAUUACUUUUGAUUCCAAUUUGUUAAGGAAUCCAAAUGUCAGCAGCCUUAGGUCUGAGAGCCUGAAAGAGAACUGUGAUUCACUGAGUAGUGAAGAAAUGUCUAUUGAAAAGUCAGAAGGAAGCUAUUUUUGUGAAUGGACACUUCUUGGGGAACAAAUUGGUUCUUUAAGGGCAGUUGCAGUCAAUGAUGUUAAAUGCUCUAUUUUAACAAAGGAAAAGUUUGAUUCUGUUGUUGGUCCUUUGGCAAAGUUUUCACAGGAUGAUCAAAAGUCAUGGGACCAUUCCUCAGACUUGACCAAGGAAUAUGUCAACAAAAUUAUUGAUAUUUCAAAUUUUUCUAAAGUUAGCCUAUCUCAACUGGAGUGGAGAACGUGUUUAUAUUUGACUGACUGCUGUGAGAUCGGGCUUGUUCUUUUAAAAGACUCAGAAAAUGUGCUUAGUUUGAAACGGUUUUCAAAGAAGAAGAUCAAAAAGCUAGGAAAAGAAGAACAAGUUCUAAAAGAGAAGAAUCUGAUGAGGAGUUUGGGUCCUUCAGCUUGUGUGCCACAGCUUCUAUGCACUUGUGCUGAUGGAAUGCAUGCUGGCAUGCUCCUAAAUACAUGCCUUGCUUGCCCAUUGGCUUCUAUACUUCACACUCCUCUUGAUGAGCAAUCGGCACGGUUCUGUGCUGCUUCUGUUGUUAUUGCCUUGGAAGAUUUACAUAAGAAUGGUAUUCUCUACAGAGGGGUGUCUCCUGUUGUUUUGAUGUUGGAUCAAACAGGACAUUUACAGCUUGUGGACUUCAGAUUUGGAAAGAAGUUAUCUAGCGAAAGAACAUUUACAAUAUGUGGAAUGACUGAUUCUUUAGCACCAGAGAUAGUCCAGGGCAAGGGCCACGGUCUUCCUGUGGAUUGGUGGGCUUUGGGAGUCUUAAUCUACUUCAUGCUACGAAGUGAAAUGCCAUUUGGUUCAUGGAGAGAAAGUGAGCUUGAUACAUAUGCAAAAAUUGAAAAAGGACAGUUUAUUCUUCCUCGGAAUUUAAGCCCUGAAGCCAUUGAUCUCAUCACAAAGUUACUUGAAGUCAAUGAAAAUAGACGACUUGGAAGCCAAGGUGCUGCUUCUGUUAAAAGUCAUUCAUGGUUUGACGGUGUUGAUUGGGAGGGGAUUAGAGACAAGAGUGUUCCAGUCCCUCAUGAACUAAUGUCUCGUAUAACUCAACAUUUAGAAAGUCAUUCUGAGAACUGCACUGCAACUAUUGCUUCCCCACCUCAGGAUGAAGAACUGAACAUUCCUGAAUGGCUUGAUGAAUGGUAGAAGAAUUAGCUAUAUAUGGUUGUCCAGAUUUUCAUUAUUCUAAACCCCUUUGCCCUCGGAGUUCCAUUCUUUCUGCCUGUAGAGAACGACCUUAGACCUUUACUGGAAAUGAAAAUCAGGAUAGAUAAAUUCUUGCAGAAAUUUGUGUAAAGUCAGAGGCCUCAACUAUUAUAUAGUUUGCUCCUAAUUUUGUGAUUUCUUUAUUUGAAGCCAUCGGAAGGAAUGGUUCAUAAAUUUUUAUCCUCAAAAACUCAUUUUUUAAAUAUGUAUUUCCCCCACUUCUGUAAAUAGGCAAAUAUGUAAAUGAGCCUUCAUUGUAUUUAUCAUUUUAAUUCAUGCUUGCCCCAUGUACUAAUCUUCCCUUUCUGCUUCAUGGAUUAAACAUGUAAUUUCCUU